UUUCGAUUUUUGGUAUAAAUAAGCUUGCCCAAUUGUGUUGUGGCCAACAGUACGCUUUGCGACAAUCAGUGUGUGCAGACCUUUUUUGAAUUAGUUCAGUCGUUGAGAAAAUCUACAAAAGAAACGAAAAUGUUCAAAUUGGUGGCACUACUCAUGCUCGUUAACGCCGUUGUAGGCAAGGCAGUUGAAAAUCCAGAAAUCAUAGAAGCAGCCGACACUGCCGAGAUUCAUCUUGCACCAGCAUUACAUGCGACUUCGAUCAUACACGAACCCACUUUGGCCAAGGUCGGUGAUUUGGUGCACAGCGUGCCCACUGCUGUAUCCCAUCAGAGUUCGACUAUUGUUCAUAAUCGCGCAAAUAUCGUCACCCCCAUUGUGACACCAGCAUUGAAGACGCACAUCACUCCACUUGUCAGUUCGUAUGUAUCACCAUUGGUCCGUUCAUAUCCCAGCGCUUACCCAUACGGUUACUACUAUGGUUUCCAUCCAUAUGGUUACAAGAGUGUCUACUAAGUGUUGUGAAGAAGUGAACCAUAGGAACCAUAGCAUCGCAAAAACUGUCUUGAAAAUGAAUUAAUAAUAAAGAAAUCCUGGAAAAAACU